GCAUUAUGAACUGGAACUGUAGUGAGUGAGUUCUUUCGGGCAUUGCGAACUGGAACUGUAGUGAGUGAGUUAUCUCGUUACCCCUCUCACCUCUGGCUGUAAAGGAAAAACAAGUGUAAAAGUGGCAGAACUCUACAGAGAGUAGGCUAAACUAACUUCCAACAUCCACACGGUCUGCUGUGCAUGAGUGACAGUGCUACCCAAGAAAGAGCAGUGAAAGCGGACGCGAGGUGGAAAACUCUCUGGGCACAUAACCUUGGAUUCCAGUCACCUUAAUACCAAGUCGUUCCUCGGAUGCACGUUUUCUCCCUUGAAUCUUGCGUAUGAUUCUGAAAUGGCAGUCUGGUUCGAGUUUUCAGCUCACAUGUUUUUUCUAUUGCUGGGUAGUUGUCUUGGAGCUUUGGAGGGUCGGACCGCAAGCCGAAACCCAAGGAGCGUGCAGGGACAGGUCAGAGAUGGUACGGAGUUUGACCGGGACAGCGCAGAUCACGACGUGGUCUCACAGCACAUGCACAGGCUGUAUGAGAAAUACAACAGAGAACUGAACCAACUCGUAGAGGGAAACACUGUCAGGAGUUUCAGAGCCAGCCAAGACUCGUCUGACCAGAAGACGAUGUACCAUCUGAACCUGACAUCUCUCCAGGACUUUGAGAUCAUCCUCUCUGCCACGUUCCACUUCCUGUUCGACUGGCGACCGCGGCCAAGCGCCUGGUUCUGCAAACGCUACAAAACCCCGGCCUGUCGAUCUCUACGCCUCCACCCUGCUUCCUCCAUCCACCUCCUGCUUCGCUCUGACCCCUCUGGGUCAGAGAUCAAUCCAGGGUCUCAGGGGUCGUUGCUAGGCAGCGUGACCUUUCACCCUCACCGCAGAGGGUCGUGGCAGAUGAAGGACGUGACCGCGUCGAUAAAGGAGGCCAGGGAAAAGGGCAGCCAUUUUGUGUCGGUGGAGGUGGACUUUGGGCUGCAGUACCACAGAAAACCAGAGGACACGCUGUCUGGGGCCAGCCUACCUUAUUUGUUGGUGUAUGCUGACGACCAGGAGCUAGAUGAGCCCAACAGUUUGGCACAGACUUUACAGAGGUAUGACCCUGAGGCGGAGGAAGAGUCUCCUCACAGUUCUCUUCUUCACGCUAAACCGGGGUCAAAGGAUCAUGUGAGAAGGGAGGUACCAUCCCUCCCAUACUCCAUCCAGAACAACGAACUGCCAGAGGUGGAGUUCAAGCCUAGCAGAUCCAUGAAAGAGGACCCGUUUGAAACUGCCUACCAUGCCCUGAAACACAUCAAGCCCAAGCUUGGGAGGAAGGAGAGGAGGAGGAAGGGGGAAGAAGUGAAAGAUGGAGAGAGGGAUGGAGGGAGUCAAUCACCGGUCCUGAGCUUGGAUGAGAGGACCCCAAAAAAGAGCAGCGAUGGAGGUAGUCGGUCGCAAGACAACAGCGAGGGAAGGAGGGAUGGAAAGAGUGAUAUAGGGAAUGGAAGUAAGUCUCCAAUGCUGAGUUUUGAUGAGCGGACCUUGCGUAAGGCGAGAAGGAGACAGUGGGGCUCGAAGCCCCAGGUUAGGAGCUGUUCUAGGAGGACACUCAGGGUAGACUUUGCAGACAUCGGCUGGAGUGAGUGGGUCCUGGCGCCCAAAGCAUUUGAUGCCUACUACUGCGCUGGCACCUGUGGAUUCCCCAUGCCCAAGGUGCUGUAUCCCUCUAACCAUGCGACCAUCCAGAGUAUAGUCCGUGCGGUUGGGAUAGUUCCAGGGGUCCCAGAGCCCUGCUGUGUCCCAGAGAAGAUGAGCCCUCUGGGGGUUCUCUACCAUGAUGAGGGGGGUAAUCUGGUGCUCAAGGUCUACCCCAGCAUGUCUGUGGAGAGCUGUGCCUGCAGAUAGGCCCAGAAGACAGAGCGGGAAAAAGCCAGGCAAAACAGGAUGGACUGAAUUUCAAAGGACAAAAAAGGGAAGUAAAAGGCAGAGAUAUAUUUGUAAAAGAACAAAUUAGUUGAGGUGUCUGUCCGUCUGUUGGUCCCUUGUAUCCCUCAGGCUUUGACACUGAGAGAACGAUAGUUGAAUGUGAAGAGGUGUUGAAGAGGCACAUUAUCUGCUUUUGGCAGCACCCGUCAAGUCCUCCGGUAGCAGCAGACAGACCACCACAAUAUCCUCCACGUCUACCAUAUCCUCCACAUCUACCAUAUCCUCCACAUCUACCAUAUCCUCCACAUCUACCAUAUCCUCCACAUCUACCAUAUCCUCCACAUCUACCAUAUCCUCCACAUCUACCAUAUCCUCCACAUCUACCAUAUCUCCACAGAACAGCAUCGCUUCUCUCUCCCCCCCCCCCAUCUCUCUCUCCAAACAACUGGAAUUCUAAUUGUUAAGCUCAAAACCAGGGCUGCUUGACUGGCGAUUUGUUUGUUUUGUUUUUGCGGCACUGAUCAUUCUUGUUUUAAUAGACAGAGUCCUGGGUCAUCUUCAUUAGGGCACACCACAGAAAAAGUUUUUGCAACAGAAAAUGAAAACCAGGGUUUCUUAUUGGACACGUUCAGAUAGUACCUCCCGGUUUUGGACUAUUCUUUAUGUUUUAUGCCUACUGAACAGGACCCUGAAUCCUCAUUCACUAAAAAUGUACAUACAGUGCAAUCGGAAAAUAUUCAGAUCCCUUGACUUUUUCCACAUUUUGUUACGUUACAGCCUUA